CCCCUCCCACUUCUGGUCCAAUCCGCGGAGAUUUGGAGGAAAACUGCUCUCUCUCGCUGAGUUUGUGGAUGGGCCAGCACAGGGGGACGAACAGUUGAGGUUUCAGAGCCCGUAUCCAGUUUCCCUGUGAGCCCGCACACCUCAGAACCUGCUUUGUUAGCAGAGAGCUGGCACAGGGAAACCAGAAUGAAUUCUAGGCAGAAAUGAUUUUUUUUAAUCAAAAUUCCAGGUCAUUUGAAGGUAUAUUUUAAAGUCAGGUUUCCUCUCUCUGAUCGGGUCACCUCGCACUUUUCGGGACACUGAAAGCUCGGUUUGUGAGCUCGGUUUUUCAAAGCAAAAGGAAUCAAAACUUUGGAUCUGGAAAAAGGGGUUGAAAACCUCAACCAAGCAGGAUGCCCGGUGAUUUCCUCCCCCCGCUGCUGCUCCUGGCUCUGUUCGGGCUGACCCGGGCCUGCCUGCAGGACCCGGCCUCGGCCUACAGGUUCACCGGGACUGUGUGCAGACUCACCUACCCUGCUGCUGUUGUCUUGAACGAGAAGACCACCAAAGUCAUCGAGGCAGCGUUCCAACAUGCCAAAUACCCCAGCAUGCAGGGAGAAAAGUCCCUGCUCUUUGUGGGAAAAGUCUCCUACGGCCUGGACAAUUUGGAGAUUCACAACCUGUCGAUUGGCCGGAGUCAGUUCGAGCUGUUUCCGGGAAAAGGCAUCGGCCUGGAGAUCAGCAACGUGUCGGCCAUCUUUAAAGGGACCCUCCAGUACGGAUACGGCAGCUGGCUUGUCAACGUUGCACAGACUCUCGACUUUGAGAUUGAUUCUCAGAUUGAUCUUGGAAUCAACCCGAAACUUUACUGUGGCAAAGGGAAGGUGGCGGCGGACACGUCCGACUGUUACCUGACCUUUCACAAGCUUCGCCUCCACCUGCAGGGGGACAAACAGCCGAACUGGCUGAAGAAGCUCUUCACCGACUUCAUCACCUUCACGGUCAAGCUGGUCAUCAAAGGCCAGAUUUGCAAGGAGAUCAACAAGCUGGCGGACAUACUGGCCGACUUCAUACAGGACACAGCAGCGCACUUCCUCACUGAUGGAGACAUCAGUGUGGACAUUGGAGUGACCGCGGCUCCUGUCAUCACCGCUAACUACAUAGAAUCAUACCACAAGGGGCUGACCAACUACAAAAACACAACCUCCGUGAUCGACAACUCUGCGUUCCACCCAAGUCAGCUGACUGAAGACAGGAUGCUUUACCUGUGGUUCUCAGAUGAGCUGUUUAACCCCCUGAUUGCUGCUGCUCACCAAGAUGGCCGCUUCCAACUCAACAUCUCAUCAAACGAACUCACAGAACUCUUCAAGAUGAGUCUCUCCAGUGCCACGCCUGAGUAUAUUGAACAGUGUCUGGCGGAAACGGCGACUCCGGAGCUGAGAGUGUGGAGCUCGUCUGUUCCCUUUGUCAACACCUCCACCAUGGGCACGGCGGUCUGGGGGCAGGCGUCUGGAGAACUCUUCUGUGGGGGCCAAAGCACUCCAACACUCUCCUUUAUAACGGAUGUGUAUGUCGAUGUGAAGGCUUCCUAUGCUGACAAGAAGCUCCUCCUCCACAGUAAAGUUAACGAGAUCUCAGUCAUCAACGCUGAGCUGCCCUCACAAAAUAAACAAGUAUACGAUGAAUCAGAAAUAGAGUUCAUAAGAGAAGCGGUGGAGAAGAUAGGCAUUCCUAAAGUCCUGUCUGUUCUGGAGGUGGAGAUAACCAGGCUGAUGGACAAACAGGGGGCCAACCUGUUUGACAUCAUCAACCCUGAAGUGCUCCCUCGAGACGGCUUCGUGCUGACGCAGAUGGAUUUCGGCUUCCCUCACCACCUCCUGGUGGACUUCCUCAAGAGGACCCUGCAGUAGCCAGGCAUUUCGGUGCAGUUUUUACGACUUAAAGUGCUGCGUCAGCUUUUUUAGGUUUUGUUUGGAUUCAAUUCGAGCCACAGAAAAGCUCAUUUGGGAUGUUCUAUUUCUAUUCAAGAAAAUAUCUCGUUGGACUUUUGAUGGAAAUCUAAGUAAACUAAAAGGUUUUACAACGCUGCAUAAAGCUGAGAUGUUUUGCUGGUUUCAUUUGACUUUUAUUUGUUAUAUAGAGAUAAUUAAUAUAAUCGUUUAAGCAACAAAUAUGUUACUGUGUCUGGAAAUGGAAGAGACAUUUUUAAAAGAAUUAAAGCGUUGUUUUGUAGUUGUUCUGAACGUUGUGUUGUAGUUUUAGUAACGUCAUUGAAAUUAAACUUUGAAUAAAAGAGAUCUUUUUUGCCUGUUUGUUUUUUAACAAAUCUGUAUCUGCUCAUGGUUGCAGAAUGCCAGGAUGAGGAAGAUUUUCUUGAAUGCAUGCAGUAUACUCAAUGUUCAGCCAGCAAAAUGUUGAAAUGAAACAGUUGG